AUGGCGACAGCUACGCAAAUCUUCCUAUCUCCAGACCAUGCAGGAAUUGCCCGCGUCAGCGAAUGCCCCGUCGGGGCCAUCGAAGCCGCCAAUCACCUGUUGCAAACGAAUCACGAUGAACACCACAUGUUCUGGCGACCGGUGGCCGGUCACAAUCACCUCACGCAUUCGGUAUUGACCAUUCUGGCCUUGGGGGGCGGGCCGGCAGAGCUCCAACGCGCCUUCGACGAUGCCAGGGACAUCCAACGGCCAAUUCCCCCGGUCGAUCGUCAGGUGGUCGAACAGCUAGGGGACCCCGAGCAAUUCCGUUCGCGCAUCGGUCAACUCGACCAGUACUCCAAUUUUCUAGCCUUCUUCAGCCAGGAAAUAGCUACCAAGGGCUACCGGGCGGUAGUGGACGAACACUGUUUCAGUGGCAGUCGCAACGCCGAGACCCUCUUUGCCCAGCUGUACGAAGGGCUCUACCACCCUGUCAUUCACCUUGCCUUUGGCAUCGAAUUCGAGCAGCCGAGCAUCGUCGCAGAAGCCUUAGCGCAGGUUGCUUCGCAUGACUCGAUGGGCAUUGAAGCCUUCUUGAUGGAUUGUGAGGCAGAAGCAACGCAGUCGGCACAUUCGGGAAGGACGCUCGUACAGUUGUUUCGCGAUGCUGAAGCAGACGAAGCACUUCGACAUGCGGCGGAGGGAUUUGAUGAUGGUCCUGCCAGAGUCCGAGACGGAGUCUUGGGCCGCACCGCCAGGGCAAUUACAGCCCUGGCGGCUCAAUUCCGCGUCGACCCGCAGGACAUCGAGCAUCGGCUGGCGGAGAUGAUCAACUGUUCGGCCUUUAUCACCGGUGCUGUGCAGCGGACCGGUAAACCGCGCAAGAUUGACUUCUUCCAUCUCCACACGGUCACCGCAUCGCUUUCGAUAGAUAUUUUAGUCCGACAGCCAUGGAUCAGUCCGGUGGUGAAAGCCCGUCUGGUGGAAUGGAAGGCGCGGGUGGACCUCGUCUGGUACACGGCCACUGGUGCUGUCCAGCUACAUCUCCCAAGCCUGCUCAACUAUAUGCCGACGUCCAGCGCGGGCAUGGACUGGGCGGCUCUGUACCGAGCGGUGGCAGCGGUCCACGAUGACGGGCAUUUGGCGAAGCUGGUGCGGGCUCUGAAGAGCGGAGAAGCAGUCUCAAACCCAUUUGAGAAGGGCGCCGGCGAGACGUUCCCGAUUCAAGGCAUUGCCUGGCUGAAGCUUGCGCAGAUGGCGUACGACACUACGGUCGACCGGCCGAUCGAACAGAAAUGGAUCUGGGGCAUUGGAUUUGAUGAGAACUGGACGCAUGUUUUGUCGCUAGAGUCGGAGAAAUAG